GGGUCUCGGGGCCCCAUGAGCCGGGGCGCGGGCGCGCUGCAGCGCCGGACCACCACCUACCUCAUCUCGCUGACCCUGGUCAAGCUCGAGUCGGUGCCGCCGCCGCCGCCCUCGCCCUCGCCUUCCACGGGGACCCCCGGCGGCGCCCACCCCGGGGACCCCGGCAGCCCCCGGGGCGCCGACGAGCCGGGCAAGAAGCGGCACGAGCGGCUCUUCCACCGGCAGGAUGCGCUGUGGAUCAGCACGAGCAGCGCGGGCGCGGGGGGCGGCGCGGAGCCCCCCAGCCUGGUGGCCCCGGCCAGCCCGGCCGCGAGCCCGGCGCGCCCGGUGUCCCCCGUGCCCGGGGGCGGCCGCCGCCUGUCGCUCUGGGCCGCGCCCCCUGCGCCCGGCGCGCUGAGCCCCGACCCCAAGCCCGGGGGUGCCGCCGCCGCCUCCCGGCGCCCGCUGCUCAGCAGCCCGAGCUGGGGGGGCCCCGAACCCGAAGGCCGGGCGGGCGGCGGCGGCGGCGGCAUCCCGGGCUCGUCCUCCCCGCACCCGGGCACCGGCAGCCGGAGGCUCAAGGUGGCCCCGCCGCCCCCCGCGCCCAAGCCUUGCAAGACGGUGACCACGAGCGGCGCCAAGGCCGGCGCGGGCAAAGGCCCCGGGAGCCGCCUGUCAUGGCCCGAGAGCGAGGGCAAGGCCAGACCCAAGGGGGCGAAGAGCGCAGCGGGCCCCCCCGGAGCGGCGGCCGCUGUCACCGGCUCCGCAGCCGCAGCCACGACCCCCCAAGGCGGCGGGGCCCGGGGGAAGCUGUCCCCCCGGAAAGGCAAGAGCAAGACCUUGGACAACAGUGACUUGCACCCCGGACCACCUGCCGGCUCGCCUCCUCCGUUAAUCGUCCCGGCCACGCCGGCGGCCACGGCCACGGCCACGGGCAUCCCCGGCACGGCCGCCUCCCCGCAGACCCCCGGGCCUGCACCUCCUAUCACCCUGGAGCCUCCUGCUCCCGGGCUGAAGCGGGGCCGGGAGGGGGGCCGAGCGUCCACGCGAGACCGCAAGAUGCUUAAGUUUAUCAGCGGCAUCUUCACCAAGAGCACAGGGGGGCCUCCCGGCUCGGGGCCCCCUCCCGGACCCGGACCCGGACCCCAGAGCUUGUCUUCUAGCAGCGGGUCCCGGGAACUGCUGGGCGCAGAGCUUCGAGCCUCCCCUAAGGCAGUGGUCAAUAGCCAGGAAUGGACUCUGAGUCGCUCCAUUCCUGAACUGCGCCUGGGAGUGCUGGGAGAUGCGAGAAGUGGAAAGUCAUCACUCAUUCACCGAUUCCUGACGGGUUCUUACCAGAUGCUGGAGAAGACAGAAAGUGAACAGCACAAAAAAGAAAUGUUGGUGGAUGGACAGACUCACCUGGUGCUGAUUCGAGAGGAAGCCGGGUCUCCUGAUGCCAAGUUCUCAGGCUGGGCAGAUGCCGUCAUCUUGGUCUUCAGCCUGGAGGAUGAGAACAGUUUCCAGGCAGUGAGUCGUCUCCAUGGACAGCUGAGCUCCCUUCGCGGGGAGGGGCGAGGAGGCCUGGCAUUAGCUCUGGUGGGCACACAAGACAGAAUCAGUGCUUCCUCCCCUCGGGUCGUCGCUGAUGCCCGUGCCAGAGCCCUGUGUGCAGACAUGAAGCGCUGCAGCUAUUACGAGACCUGUGCCACCUAUGGGCUCAAUGUGGACCGGGUUUUCCAGGAGGUGGCCCAGAAGGUGGUGACUCUGCGCAAACAGCAACAGCUUCUGGCUGCCUGCAAGUCCUUGCCCAGCUCGCCCAGCCACUCAGCUGCUUCCACGCCUGUGGCUGGCCAGACUAGCAACGGAGGCCACACAAGCGACUACUCCUCUUCCCUCCCAUCCUCGCCCAAUGUUGGUCAUCGGGAACUUCGAGCCGAGGCAGCUGCAGUGGCUGGAUUGAGCACCCCAGGGUCCUUGCACCGGGCAGCCAAGCGCAGAACCAGCCUUUUUGCGAAUCGCCGAGGCAGUGAUUCUGAGAAGCGAAGCUUGGACAGUCGGGGAGAAACAACAGGAAGUGGAAGAGCCAUUCCCAUCAAACAGAGUUUCCUACUGAAGCGAAGUGGCAACUCCUUGAACAAAGAAUGGAAGAAGAAGUAUGUGACCUUGUCGAGUAAUGGCUUCCUGCUCUACCACCCUAGCAUCAACGAUUACAUCCACAGUACCCACGGCAAGGAGAUGGACUUGUUACGAACAACAGUCAAAGUCCCCGGAAAGCGACCCCCACGAGCCAUCUCUGCUUUUGGCCCCUCUGCCAGCAUCAAUGGGCUGGUCAAGGACAUGAGCACUGUCCAGAUGGGGGAAGGUCCUGAAGCCACCACUCCCAAUCCAAGCCCCAGUCCCAGUCCCAGUUCCCUGCAGCUCCCGCAGGACCAGACGACCAAACACCUGCUGAAACCAGACCGGAAUUUGGCCCGAGCCCUCAGCACUGACUGUACCCCAUCUGGAGACCUGAGCCCCCUGAGUCGGGAACCCCCUCCUUCUCCCAUGGUGAAGAAGCAGAGGAAGAAGAAGCUGACCACGCCAUCCAAGACGGAAGGCUCUGCUGGACAGGCUGAAGCCAAGCGCAAAAUGUGGAAACUAAAAUCCUUUGGUAGUUUAAGAAAUAUUUAUAAAGCAGAGGAAAACUUCGAGUUCCUGAUUGUGUCCAGCACCGGCCAGACGUGGCACUUUGAGGCGGCCAGUUUUGAGGAACGGGACGCCUGGGUGCAAGCCAUUGAGAGCCAGAUCCUUGCCAGCCUGCAGUGCUGCGAGAGCAGCAAAGUCAAGCUGCGCACAGACAGCCAAAGCGAAGCUGUGGCCAUCCAGGCGAUCCGGAACGCCCAGGGAAACUCCACCUGCGUGGACUGCGGGGCGCCCAACCCCACAUGGGCCAGCCUGAACCUGGGUGCCCUCAUCUGCAUCGAAUGUUCUGGCAUCCAUCGCAACCUGGGCACGCACUUGUCCCGCGUCCGCUCGCUGGAUUUGGACGACUGGCCGCGGGAGCUGACCCUGGUGCUGACGGCCAUCGGCAACGACAUGGCCAACCGCGUGUGGGAGAGCGACACGCGGGGCCGUGCCAAGCCCACGCGGGACUCGUCGCGGGAGGAGCGCGAGUCCUGGAUCCGCGCCAAGUACGAGCAACUCCUGUUCCUGGCCCCGCUGGGCACCGCCGCCGAGGAGCCGCUGGGCUUGCAGCUGUGGGCCGCGGUGCAGGCCCAGGACGUGGCCGCCGUGCUGCUGCUCCUGGCCCACGCGCGACACGGCCCGCUCGACACGAGCCUGGAGGACCCGCAGCUUCGCUCCCCGCUGCAUCUCGCAGCAGAGCUCGCCCAUGUGGUCAUCACGCAACUGCUGCUGUGGAACGGCGCCGAUGUGUCCGCCCGCGACGCGCAAGGACGCACCGCGCUCUUCUACGCCCGCCAGGCGGGCAGCCAGCUUUGCGUGGACAUCCUGCUCCAGCACGGCUGCCCCGGGGAGGGCGGCAGCAGUGCCACGACCCCCAUAACAGCCACCACCACCACCCCCAGCCUAGUCGCCACCCCCAGCCCACGCCGCAGGAGCAGCGCAGCGAGCCUGGGACGCGCCACCGAUGCCCCAAUCGCGCUGGUAUAGUUGCGGGAAAGAGAGAGAGACGCGUCGCCCCUGCGCUCCACUCAACCCGGACAGAUAGAUGCACCCACUUCGCCUC